ACCCUCGCGGCCUGGGGCGAGCGCCGCUUCCGCCCGCGCCAUGUGCUCCGCUCCACUCGCGGACAGGCCGCGGGAGCAGCCGUGCGGGCCGGAUUAAAGCUGGCACCCUACAGCGCUGCUUCAUCGGUGCGGCACUGGCCUUCCAGCUAACGUGCCGUUCUGGCACGAACGCCAACUGGGCGGGAGGUGAACUCGGGCCCAAGCCUCAGCCCACUGUCGGCCAGCGACCUGCCUGCCCGCUGAUCCUCCCUCUUCCUCCAACCCGGCACGGACACUGCCAUCAGCACCUACCUUCCCAGCCCGCAUGAAGAGCGGGCGGCUGCCGCUGCUGCUCGCCCCUGGUCGGCUUUCCGAAAGUGGCGCGAAGAGCCGUCCACGUGACGCGGGGGCGGGGCUGCUUGCUGCCCGAGCCUCAUUAGCAUAAGGCCCCCGCAGCGUCGCUCAUUAACAUAAAACGCAGCAGCGUCGCUCAUUAACAUAAAACACAGCGGCGUCGCGCGCCGCCAGGACAACGGUUCAAAUGUGGAGCAACAACCGGCGUCAGGGCAACGCACCCGCCUCACAUUCCCCGCGUUCAGUUGUGGAGCGGUAACCGGCUGUUUGAAUGUAGAUUGCUAGCUCAACGAAACCUCCACAGACACAAAGCCGUUGAACAGACUGCCUCUAGUCAACAACGCAAUAGUUUAAAACCCGGUUCCUGGACCUUUGUGGAAAUUCCUAGAGAUGGAAAUGCAACAUUGGGUUCAGCAAUUAUUUCCACCCCGCUUCUGCGCAGAAGAUCUAUUUGUGGGAGACCACUCGCAGGUCUUGCUGCUCUCUGAACGCUUUGCUGCCAGCAGAGCCAAACGAAUUAAACAUAUUUACAAGCAGGAAAUUCAGUAUUUUCAUGAACAAAAGAAAUCAAAACGAAAAAGUCACAUGGCAGGGCUGAUUGUCCAUGAGCUGAAUCCUGCAAAUGAUCAGAUUGGCCAGAAUCACCUUCAGCUGCACGAAUCAGACAAUUUAUGUCAAACUCCCACUCAAGAGCUGUGUAUUCCAAGUACUGAGAAACAAGCAAUGGGUGCAGACAUGGAGCAAUGCAAGAUGAGAGCACAACUGGCUCUGGCCCAAACACAAAUAGCUGAGCUGAAAGCAAACUGUAACGAACUAGCAGAGAGUCUGGAAAUGAAAGGUGGUCAGCUGCGCCAAGCCCAACAAGAAUUACAGGGCAGAGCUCUGAAGGACAAUUUCAAUGUCCAAGAAAUUUGUGCAAAAGAAUUUCAAAUUAAACGUCUCAGAGAGGACCUUCAGAAUGAACUGAUGACUGUAAGCAAGCUGAGAUCAGAAGUGCAUAAGACCAGGCUCAAAUCUCAGGAACUCCAACUAAAUAAGGAGAGGCUCCUCUCAUCCUGGGAGCAGCAGGCAUUGCGACACCAGUUGGAAAAGGCUGUCUUGAUGGAGAAGAUAAAAGAACAAACUGCAAUUGACCCGAAGAAACUGCAAAUGGAACUGGAUGAGGUGAAAGCUGAACUCAGAGCAGAAAAGUGUCAUUGUGCUCGAAACAAGAAAGAUUUAGAGUUGUUGUGCAAACAUUUUGCCAGCUUACUUUCCUCAAACCCCGUUGAAGCUUUUAACACUGAAUUUAUAAGGAAAUGAAAUGACUUUGGCUUGAACUAAACUUAUUUGUUGGGUUCAAUUGAUACAUAUUUGCUGCUUUGCUGUUGGUUGAUCGCAUGCAGAGUUAAAUUGAUUUUAUACAAUUAACAUUUCUGUUGAUUGAAUACACACCCAAAUCUCUAUUCCUGGAGAGAUUUUCAGGUCAUUUCUGAUAAUUACCUGUGACCAUUAAAUACUACAAAGUGUACUUUGGUCCAUGUGUGUGCCAGGUGCUGUGAUUUCAGUAGCAACCUGCAAUGAAAGUUGCUGAACCAGUUGUGGCUGUAAUGACAGAAUGGACAGAUCGAAUCAUGCUGGAGAAAAUCAUUGGUGUUGCCUUUUCUUUGCUUUUUAAUAGCAGAUAUAAUAUAAUCUCAAUUUGAAAACUCUAUUGCUGUUUUCCUUUAAAUAUCUCCUGUUGCUAUUUCUUUUUCUCAUGUUUUCAAUUUCUUAGACAUGCUCCGUGUCUCUGCCCACUGUGCCUCUGUCCCGCGACUGUCUUGCUUGCCCUCUCUCCAUAUCUGCAUCAUUCAGUCCACCACUGUCCCUUU